CCCUUUGCUUUGGCUUGCAAUACUCUCCGAUUACUGGAUCGGUUCUUUGCUGCAAUCUUUCUGAAAUGGAUCGACGAGGACAAGAUAUCAUCGAGUUUAUCCUACGCGUUUUGGAAAUUGAGUUGGGGAGGGAGAGAGAGAAGACAAGGCUUAUGGAAGAGUCGCUAAGGGCUGAUCGAGCUGCACUGGAAGCGAAGGGGAGAGAAAGAUGGAUCCUUAUGAGAGAGAAGGAUCGAAUGCUCGCAGUGAAGGAAGUCGAGGAAAAAUUGGUUGCUGAUUUCCUCGAAGCUGAAGCUAACAAGAAUUUUGAUGAUCAGAAAGCUAUGAUUGACGCUAUUGUAGCUUUGAUGAGCCGUGGCGCCGGUGAGGGAAACAACGCUGGCGGAGUUGACGGCGGUUACGGAGGGGAUAUUAACUACCUUAUCAACACUCAGAACCUGGAUGAGGGAACCGUGAUGGCGGCUAUUGAAGGAACGAAUGGUGAUGGGAAAUGAUAUAGCUAGCACCAACGGUGGUGGUCCUGGUGGAUACGGCCGCGGUUGCAGUGCCUAGCACUGCGAAUACGGUGAUGGUGGAUAUGUCCCUUAUUUUUGGCUUUCACAUGAAAUAACAAACCUGGGUUUUAAUUUGUUUUCAAAUAAUGGUGCAAGUCAUUAAGGUUAGAGUUUCAGUAAUAUGCCGUGUUUGAGUCAAAACCGUUGCUAUUAGCAAGUGUUACUAUUUCUUUUUGUGAAUUUGGCUGUUGAGUUCUCAGACCAUGCUGUUUUACGGGUGUUAUAUCCAGUUACAAGCAUCGGUCAAAUAAGUGUUAUCAAUUUUAAUAAAGUUUUGAUAAAUGUCAUUUCGUUGAAGCAUUUUGUUCUAUGCCAAAAACGUAUUAAUGACGAGGGCCAGAUUGAGGUAAAAUACUUUAGCCGAAGACCAUAAUAUAUACCAUCGACCA